GAGCAGCCAGAAUCAGAAUAUGGAUCUGGCUAUGGACGGAAGCCUCAGUUCGAGCAGCCAGAAUCAGAAUAUGGAUCUGGCUAUGGCAGGAAGCCGGAUAAUGAGCGGCCGGAAUCUGAAUUUGGAUCUGGCUAUGGACGGAAACCCCAGUUCGAGCAACCAGAAUCAGAAUAUGGAUCUGGUUAUGGCAGGAAGCCGGAUAAUGAGCGGCCGGAAUCUGAAUUUGGAUCUGGCUAUGGCCGCAAGCCUGAGUACGGGCAACCAGAAUCGGAAUAUGGAUCUGGCUAUGGACGGAAGCCCGAGUACGGGCAACCAGAAUCGGAAUAUGGGUCUGGGUUUGGCCGGAGGCCCGAGUAUGGGCAACCAGAAUCGGAAUAUGGAUCUGGGUAUGGCCGGAAGCCCGAAUAUGGGCAACCAGAAUCGGAAUAUGGAUCUGGGUAUGGCCGGAAGCCCGAACAUGAGGGAGCUGGAUCUGAGUACGGAUCCGGUUACGGCCAGCGGACUGAGUAUGGGAGACCCUCCGAGUAUGGAUCGGGGUAUGAACGAAAGACUGAAUCUGAAUAUGAGUCGGGGUAUGGAGGGAAGACAGAGUCCGAGUAUGGAUCUGGGUAUGGGCGAUCUGAGGAGCAGGAGUAUCCAAAGCCAGGCUACGGGAGGCGAGCUGAUGAGGACUCUGGCUAUGGUGGUGAGGAGAGCUAUGGCCGCAAGAAAUAUGGGGAUGAUAAUUCUGAUGGUGAUGAGGAGAAGAAGCAUCACCACUAUAAGCACCAUCACCACAAGCGUUAUGACGACGAUGAGGAAUGAGAUUGCUGGUUGCUUUCUCAAUGGAGUUGAUGCCAUAAUUAGGUACUAAAUAAAGGUCUGUUCUGAUGGUAUCAGCUACCAAACUGUGUUUCAGGAGUGUGAGUCAGACCAUUGUGUGUGCCAAUAUGAUAUCCCAAACCUUUGGGUUGUGUUUUAUACUAUACUGCUUGUUACAGCUUGACUAAAGUUUGCUAGUUUGAUAUGUUGCCUUUGUGCAUGAAUAUCACAUUAUGUUAUAUAAUAUUGGAGUGUUUUCCUCAUGCAUGCUAUGUAGUACGAGCAAGGGGUGAAAACAGAAAUUGUU